AUGGACGAUCCCAUGAUGAUGAGGGCCCUGGCUGAGAGUCCGCCACCGGAUAACAGCUUCUACGGCCUGCCACCACAAGAAGAUCUCGAAGUGCAGAAGCUUUGGGUGGCAGAAGUGUCAACGAUUCUGGAAGGCUACAAAGUGUACAAAACGGAUGUGCAUCUCAUCAAAAAGUUUUUGGACACACGAUACGAUUUCGAUGUGUACGAUUACUAUGCGUACGAUCUGACGUUGGACGCCAUGGCUCACUUCCAAGCCGGUAUCACGCAGACGAACAUGGAAAUGAAUAAAAAGUUUAUGCUGAUUCUCCAAAAGCUCUAUAUGAUGUUCGCCGAGGAGAAUAAACUCACCUUUCAUAGGGAAUUCGUCAAGGAAUGGCAAUACUAUCCGAUCGAUUAUUGCCCGUAUUUCGAGACGCUCCUUUACAAAUACAGCGAAACACUUAAUCUGAAGUUGAAUGCGGUUUGUCGGGCACCGGAGGAUAUUGAGCACGAUGUUAUGGAGGAGAUCCGCUGGAACCUCCUCAUUGCUCCAGUCAACACUCUGCUGGCAUUAUUCAAACGAUGCGUCGAUAAUCCAAACGUCAUCCAAUUCACCAUCUACUUGUGCACUCAUCUCCCGGCUCUCUUCCACGAUCGUCCACUCAAAAUCUAUCACAACGAAUUGGAGACGAAACGGAUCGAACCACUCCUCUGUGUCGUCUUCCGCCGAUUUUUGUGUAGUUUGAGAUGCCAAGAGAAUACUGAUAGUCAAUGGGAGAUACUUUAUCAAUUGAUGAUGGCAUUCUGUGAUGAUGAGAAGAAGCCGUUGAUGAGUUGUUGGCAACUUCUGGAAGUUGUGCUCAAUGAGUUGUACACACCGAAUCGUUUGCCAACGAAGUCAGUGGAGAUGUUGAGUGCGAUGGCUUCCAGAAUUCUAUCGCCGGAGAAUAAGAUGAAACUCACUUUCAAGUUUGCCACGUCCAUGAGAGCUCCUCAGAUGGACUGUCUCUAUCUGACGCCUACAAUUAUCAUAAUGUUUCUGAACAUAAUGGAUGAAUAUCACGAGAAUAAGAAGUCGAUUGAGGUCAUUGAUAACUGUAAAUCUUGUCUCAAAUCGAUAGGAGAACGGAUGACUGAGGAACAUCUGGAAUUCGAUGAUGAUACGAAGAGUCGAUUGAUGGAAGAGCUGAGCAAACGUCCGUGGUAUGUCGAAUACGCAGUCAGCACUUGGUACUUUGCGUUGAAUGUCGAGAAGCGGCGAGUUCCAACGGCGAUAUUCCAAGGAAUCUGUUCGGAAGACAAAUCUCCAUCGACAUCCACUCAAAAAAUCCCGGAAUUCAUUGAAAUCACUCAAAAGUCCAUCUCGAAAGACGAACUUCCUUUCGAGUGUCUACGUUCUCUCAUGAAAUUAGGUCUAUUCGAUCCGGAAUGUACUCUGGAGUUGCUCCAUAUAUCUCCGGCGACCAGAAUCCAACUGGAUGUGAAGGACAUUGCGUCAAUGAUGGAAUUCGUUAUGAAGGAGUACUUCAAUGUGAAAUUGGCACUCGUUAAUUACGAAUGUGCACGAGAGCUCAUGAUGUAUAUUUUGGAGGCGUUCGACAAGCCGGCGACUCUCGAUCACGAGGAGAUCAUCAAAACGAUCAUCGAAGAACUGCCAGUUCCAGUUAUCCCACGAGAGUGGCCAAGACACUCGGCAAAAAUGGAGAAGUCUCUCAUCAUCCAGCCACUCGAGAAGCCACGUCGCAAUUCGGACGAUCCAUGGCCUCCACCACAGAAGUUCAUUUCACUGGAGAUGAGAGAACUACACGCUCAACAGAAGAGGGAACGUGAUCGUCUAUAUCAAAUAUCAGUAAUUCGAACUGAAAAAGCUGAAAGAAUUCAUCGAGAGCGAUGGGCUCAGGAUGAUUCGAUUGUCGGAUGGACACUGGAUGAAUCCCCACCAAAUGAGCCGGUUUUUUUGGAGGAGAAGAGAGUGGAAUCAUCUGAAUCCACGUCGACAUCCAAAAGUUCGGAAAAGAAAAAGGUGAAGAGAGUGAAGAAGGAAGAGGUUAAGGAGGCGGAGCCGUUGACGGAGCCGGAGCCACCGAGGCAAUACAAAUCGAUUGCUGUGUCACCGGAGAGAUUGGCGGAUCCAGUGGAUCCAGCGUCAUUGGCUGAAAAGCUGGAAAAGGUUGAAGUCGAUCGAUUCGCGGUACUCAGGCGUUGCACACCGAAUACCAUCUUCGGAGGAAGUGCCAAGAGAGGAGGACGUCACUGA